CAUUUCCCGGCAAGCACCGUGACGACUAGCAGCUGCAUCUCCCUCAAUCCCGUCUAGCGGAGGAGAAGCUAAGGGGAACGGCGACUGCAACCAUGAAGCAGAUUUAAAAGAAAACAACGUAGGGUCUUCAUCCGUAAGACAACCAAAUUUUUACCUUUACUUCACAAAAGGCGGGUCGCAGCACGAAACGCACGGAAAACAACCAUGCAGUUCAAAUACAGAAGACUUUAAAUGAAAUAAUAUAUUUCAAUAAAGGGUUGUUUGCGAUCCUUCAAGGUUGGAUCUGCUAGAGGUUCUCCCUUAUCGCCUAAGAUUAGCCCAGUGCGGCGGCUGAGGUUUGUACCCGGCCGGCUAACAUGUCCGUGGAGGAACAGGGCUAUCUUGAAGCGAUGGUGGUGACAGAAGAGGGACCCGAGUGGCUGCGGGCUGAGAUAGAGCGCCUUUCCCGAGAGCUGAGCGAGACGACCCACGAGAAGAUCCAGGCAGCGGAGUACGGUCUUGCAGUACUGGAAGAAAAGCAGCAACUGAAACAGCAAUUUGACGACCUGGAAAUCGAAUAUGAGACCGUUCGUCAGGAACUCGACCAGCUUAAGGAGGCCUUUGGACAAGCUCACUCCAACCACAAGAAGGUGGCCGCGGACGGGGAGAGCCGGGAGGAGUCCCUCAUCCAGGAGUCGGCCUCCAAAGAGGCGUACUAUGAGCAGAGGGUCCUGGAGCUGCAGACGGAGCUCAGGCAGAUGAGGAACGUCCUGACCAACACCCAGUCAGAGAACGAGCGGCUGGCCUCCCUGGCCCAGGAGCUGAGAGAGAACAGCCAGGUGGUGGAGCUGCAGCGAAGCCGGCUUCGUGAUGACAUCAAGGAGUACAAGUUCCGGGAGGCACGCCUGUUACAGGACUACACCGAGCUGGAAGAGGAAAACAUCUCUUUGCAGAAGCAGGUGUCCAUACUCAAGCAGAGUCAGGUGGAGUUUGAGGGGCUGAAGCACGAGAUCCGCAGGUUGGAGGAAGACAUGGAGUUCCUCAACAGCCAGCUGGAGGACGCCAUCCGACUGAAGGAGAUCGCCGAGCGGCAGCUGGGGGAGGCCCUGGAGACCAUCAAGACGGAGCGCGAGCAGAAGAACAACCUGCGCAAAGAGCUGUCCCACUACAUGAGCAUCGGCGACUCCAUGUACCACAGCCCCCUCAGCAUCUCCCUGGACGGCCUCAAGUUCAGCGACGACGCCGCCGAGCCCAACAACGACGACGCGCUCAACGGCUACGAGAACAGCUUCAGCAAGCUGGCCAACGGCCCCGGGGACAACAAGGCUUCCACCCCGAAGAAGAACGACCUCUUCAACCCCGCCCCCAGCCUCGUCAACGACCUGCUCAGCGAGCUGAACAUCUCCGAAAUCCAGAAGCUCAAACAGCAGCUCAUGCAGGUGGAGAGGGAGAAGGUGAACCUGCUGUCCACCCUGCAGGACUCCCAGAAACAGCUGGAGCAUGCUCGCGGAGCUCUGUCCGAGCAGCACGAGAAGGUCAGCCGACUCACUGAGAACCUCAACGCCAUGAAGAAGCUGCAGGCCAGCAAGGAGCGCCAGUCGGCCCUGGACAACGAGAAGGAGCGCGACAGCCACGAGGACGGCGACUACUACGAGGUGGACAUCAACGGGCCCGAGAUCCUGGAGUGCAAGUACAAGGUGGCCGUUUCGGAGAUCGGCGACCUGAAGGAGGAGCUGAAGGGUCUGAAGGCCAAGUACGAAGACUGCCAGUCCAAGUACGAGGAGGAGAAGGGCCGUCUGGAGAGCGACGUGACAGUGCUGUCGGAAAAGCUGUCCUCCCUGGAGAAGACCAACCGCACGGACCGGGACCAAGUGGUGCGCCUGGAGAAGGAGCUGAAGAAGGUGAGCGACGUGGCCGGCGAGUCGCAGGGCAGCCUCAGCGUCGCCCAGGACGAGCUGGUCACCUUCAGCGAGGAGCUGGCCAACCUGUACAACCACGUGUGCAUGUGCAACAACGAGACGCCCAACCGCGUCAUGCUCGACUUCUACAAGGAGGGCAAGGGCGGGCGCAGCAGCCCCGAGGGCCGGGGCCGGCGCUCCCCCAUCCUGCUCACCAAAGGGCUCUUCCCCGAACCCGGAAAGGCCGAGAACGGCGACGCCACUCCGUCCCCCGUCUCCUCCCUCCCCUCCCCCGUCUCGGACGCGCGCCGGGAGCCCAUGAACAUCUACAACCUGGUGGCCAUCAUCAGGGACCAGAUCAAGCACCUGCAGAUGGCGGUGGACCGCACCACGGAGCUGUCCCGCCAGAGGGUGGCCACCCUGGAGCUGGGCCCCGUGGCGGACAAGGACAAGGAGGCCUGCAUGGAGGAGAUCCUGAAGCUCAAGUCCCUCCUGAGCACCAAGCGGGAGCAGAUCGCCACCUUGAGGACCGUGCUCAAGGCCAACAAGCAGACGGCCGAGGUGGCGCUGGCCAACCUGAAGAGCAAGUAUGAGAACGAGAAGGCCAUGGUCACCGAGACCAUGAUGAAGCUUCGUAAUGAGCUCAAGGCCCUGAAGGAGGACGCCGCCACCUUCUCUUCCCUCAGAGCCAUGUUCGCCACAAGAUGUGAUGAGUACGUGACGCAGCUGGACGAGAUGCAGAGGCAGCUGGCGGCCGCUGAAGACGAGAAGAAGACGCUGAACUCUCUGCUGCGCAUGGCCAUCCAGCAGAAGCUGGCGCUGACGCAGCGGCUGGAGGACCUGGAGUUCGACCACGAGCAGUCGCGCCGCGGCGGGCGGAGCAAGGCGUCCGCCGCCCGGGGCAAGGGCGCCCCCGCCAACCCCCACGUAAGUCACGGGCACUCCUGCGGCGUGCGGCCCGAGGCCAACAGCAUCGCCGGCCCCGUGGUCUUCUGCAGCGAGAAGUACAAGAUCUACUGCGACUAGACGCGGACCGCCCUGUACAGAGGGGAGCCCCCGCCUCCCCGCCCUAGUUUCAGCCCCACACGCUUAGCGCUCCUUGUGUCAGGUUUGCUCUUAGGGCCGCGGUCGCGGCGCUCAGACCGCGACCGCGCCUGCUCGUGUACCGUGUGGGAAUGCAGCCGCCAGCUCCUAGUAAUGUAUGGCAUGAUGAUAGCGCUUUACGGUUUGCGUUGGGUUUUUGCUGUUAAGGAAUUUCUUCGUGCUGUUUGUGAAGGCCUGCAGUCUUGCCCGCUUGUAGUAACCUGCGUCUGUGGGCCGGUAGGGUGGGGCCGCGCAUCGAUGGCGGCGUUCCCGCGGCUGACGCUGGUGUCUGCGCUCUCCCCUCUUCCUCUGUCCUCUCUCCUCUCCUGUAGCAGACCUAACACUAGCCUCUGCUCCCUCCUCUUCCUCUCCCUGGGUCCCCGUCCCAGGGCCUGUCUGAGCUUGGCGGACUGUCCGCUAAUGCCACACAUUAUGCAGAAAUAUGCAAACCUCUCCUGAUUGGUGGGGGAACUUGGCCUCUCCAGCCAGAGGCGACUGGCUACAAGAGACCUGAAAUCUGGGGAAAAAAAGGUAUGAUUGAUGAUUGGGCUUUCCAAUUGGAUGAGAUUCAAUUCCAAAACCUUUUCCAAUUGGCUGCUGAGUUUUGACGGAGGGGAUCUGCUCAACCUUAAUGCAGGUGUACAGGUCUGUUCAGAGAAUCGAUCGCAUUGCUACGCUUUACGGUAUCUGUGCCACUAGUUAAAUGAAAGCUAUUUUUCUUUUGUCUUUUAAAGCCGGCUGCACGCAAUGCAAGCGCCGAUUCCACAGGGCUCUACAUUUGAGAGAGGUGCAUGCAACAGGUCCUUCUACACAUUUCAGAGAAACCAUAGGGCUUUCCCUCAUGACUAAACCAGUCCUGAGGAGUUCUUGCAGAGCCAUAUAUAAAAUGAGAGCAAGACAAAUUGAUCUCCACAUCCAAAUUAAGUGCACUUCGUAUUCGGUGCCUCAGUCCUCUGAACUAUGAACAGGUGAGAGUAUCUGGCAUUUGAAUAAAAAAAACUGAACAGAAAUAAGGUCAAUUUGACGAAAAGCUAUGAUUUUCCUAAACAUAUCUCUGAUCCAGAAGCACAAAAGGAAGGCACAGCAGUUGGAUUAUUCUAGAAACAAAAUCCAACUUCUCAGAAGUGCCUGUCGACCAAAUCCUCUGAGAUAUGGAUGUACAGCCCUGUAUUUUGUGUCUGAAUUUAAGCUAAUGCAAUUUUCUUCCUCUCUUUCUUUCCCCUCGUGUUCUUAUCUUUGCAAGCAUGUCUGGAGCUCUCUAAUGAAAGCUCCGGAUUGGCUGAGCCCUGCGUCUCUAACACUGUCCUGUUGCUUCGUUCUGACCUUACUCUCUUUUAGAUUGUCAGCAGUUUGCUACCUUUGCAGCAGCAGCCUACCUUUAAGUAGCAGGGGGGGAAAGCCUCUUGAUAAAGUCAGGUAAUGACCUCCCACACGUCCUCUCAUUUUGCUGAUGGAUCAGUGUGUUUACAUCAGCAAUCAGCCAUGAAAAAACCCGCUUGGCUGUUGAUAUUAGCGACCAUACAAAACUUGCAUCGUCGUACAAGUGUUCGUACAGGUGUCUGUAUAUGGCUGCUUACUAGGGAGGAAAAUCUGGCAACCCUGUCCAUUAAUGAAUAGCUUUAAUGUGCAAGAUAGGCUGUCAAUGAAGAUGUGGGGCUUCUAGGUACAUGUGUUAACUCUUGUGGAUCAUAAACACUUGAAUGUUAGCUUUAUACGACUAAAAAGCAGGAUUGAUGUGGGGAAAGUCCAUACGGAGAUACACAGUAAGAAAUUGAGAUUUUGUAAAACUAGCUACAGAUUUAUCUGUAACUUCUUAUGGCCAUGGUCAGAUUCUUACCUUCUAGGAUCCUUUGUUGCCUCUAAAAUAAUGUAGGGGGGAAGUAUGAAGUGCUUGAGGUAACACUAGUUUUGGCAGAAUCUGGAAGGAGGAUGAAUGACAGUCAACCCUGCUUUUCUCCAUGCUGCACUUGCUCUCGGGGUCUUUAGCAUCUUCCUGUGGUUGCUAUGAGGAGGAUGUGAGAGACAAUGCCAACAUGACCAUUGCUUGUAUUCUAAAGGAACUAAUAUUUUGCCAUUUGAAGUACAAGUCAAUAUUGUCCCACUGAUUUCACAUGCAGUACCGACAGGCUGUGGAAUCAUUGGUCUCUCAAAGUAACCAGAAGCAUAAGUAUAAUUAAUUGUGGAAAUGUAUGGCAGUUACUUUGGGGGGUUUCAAGUGAUUUUGAAAAUGAUUCUUUGCAUAAUUAUCUUUUUUUUUAAACUUGGGCCUGGACCCUUCAGAGGACAUUGAUUCAAACUAGCUGUGGAAGCAGCUUAGCGUGUUGCUUAGAUUUUAAACCCUCUGCGGAAGUGUGCUCUCUCAACGCACCAAACGCUCGGGUAGAUUUUUAAUAGUAGACCUUUUGAUAACGUUUUGUGAUUUUUAGAGGAAAACAAUAACGUAAUUGGAACUUUGGGACUAGUUUGAAAUCAAUGUCUGCGCAUCAGGACCCAGCAUGUGAGCUGACUACAGCGUCUCCUACCUCUGCUUGCCACGAUCCUCUCACCUCCGCUCCUGUCCGCUCACGCAUUCACCUUUUUUCUCUGGGUUUUCUUCAUUUUCAUUUUAUUUUUUUGUUGUCGUCGUCGUUGCUUUAAAUGGCAAGCCUGCAUGUGAAAGACACGCCCGCAGUCGACCCGCAUGUUACCGGAGAGCGUUCUCUCUGCCCCUCCCCUCUUCUCUGAUUCGCUCUCUUGUGCAUGGCGCGCGCUCCAGGGUCUGGUACUUAUGAGCCAUUCGCUUCCUGCACCAGCUGGUCUUCCUGUGUAUCCGUAAGUCCAGGCUUGGCGCUUUCGUGUCAAUAAAGCUAAACAGGUGAUGAGGAUAGUUAUAACAAUGGGGAUGCCAGCAAAAGGAGAGCCUUUUAAGCACACUGCCUGCAUCUGGCUUUUGGACACUAACCAAUUUUUCGCCCCUUCUUAUUUUGACUAACUUGGCUUUUCAACCCUGGCGUGUAAUUUUUUUUUUAAACGUUAACUACAUCUCACUCACUGAUAUAGCAUUUUGGUUAUUUCUAUAUAUGUUAAUGCUCAUUUUGAUAAUUUCUUUUGUUUCUCCAUUUUGCAGUAAUGUAGUUGAGCCCGGAUGUGGAGUGUCCAACAAAGAAUGCGGUCGCACGACCAACUUCAAAUUCAGUACGCCUGCAACAGCUAGCGUUGCAUGGCCAUUUGGACUUAAGAAAACCACUUGGAGGUGAUUUUUUAAACAAAAAAAAGGACCUGUUCCUCAUACAAACAUACAAACACUACAGCAUGAAUGUCACGCCAGAACAAAAAUAGUUUCACUUUUCAAGCGCUGCUGCAGGAAGAUGAUACUCACAAGUACCAAGGAGAUUGCUGCCUGCCUUCCUUAGCGAUCAAAAAUUUGAUUGGCUACGAAACUCAGAAAUAAGAAACGGGGAGGGGUUGUUUUUCAGCACAGCUCACUGCGAAUUAUUUUAUUUUUAUUUUUCUUGCGCACUUUUAAUAUAGGGGUAUUUCACUUUGGCUUCCUUUUUUUUACACUAAUCUUGGACAGGUUUGUAGUGCUAUGGUUUGUGAGUCAUAUUAAAAGUAUAUACGUUAAUAGGAAUAGAUUUUUAUUUUCUUUUAAGCGACCUUCUGUGCACAAGGCACAGGGAAAAGAUGCUCCCAAAUUCUAAUCAUACUACAAACCAGAGUUCUACCUGCUGUGCUUCAGUGAGUUAAUCCAUGAGUAUAUUAAUAAGCUUUUGUUAUUUUUAUGUUUAUCAUAAUUAUUAUUGUUGUUGUUAUUAUUUACUGAUGUUAUACUGCCAUGUUCUAAACAAAAUCCAGGGUGAACAAAUUCUGGGGUUUUCAUGUAUUAUUAUUCUUAGGAAUAGUUCAAAGUAACAAGGAGAAACUUGAUGCGGUUCUGGUUGAAAUGGUAACAGGCAUUUGAAAACCAUGAAUAAAAUGAUUCGUAUUUCCAAUUUCCAAUGCCAUUCCAGAAUCUGUGGAGUUACAUUCAGGUGGGAUCACUGAUGGACAGAAUUCUUUGCAAGCGCACCAGUUAAAUUCCAAAUUGGAAUGGUUUCAUUCUCUCUUUGUUUAUCGUGCCAAAUCUUGGUACAUUUAGGUUUUAAAAAUGAGAAGAAAAAACGAGAGGUGGUAGAAGACCGUGUGUAUUGGGUUUGUGAUUCCAGCGCCUUGUUUUGUUCAGUUUUCUCCAUUUUGACCAGUAGUGCCUUUCAUUAUUUCAAGGGAGAAUUGUAGACUAGAUAGAUUUUUUUUGAUAAAAUAGUUUGUCACAAAAUUUUAGUUUAAAAGGAGUUUAGGAGCAAUAAGCGCAAAGAGAAUAGUCCUUUUUGCCUGAAUAUGACCUUAGUCGUAUAAUUAGAUAAGAAAAUGAAUUGUGUUGAAUUCUGUAGGUCAGUGAUCCCAUUCACAUGCGGAAUUGCAAAUUCAGGGGUAUAGUGAAACGUAUUUUUAUCAAACUUUGGGAACCAAAAGUAAUCACUUUGGCCUCCUAAUGAAUAAAAUGGUUCAGAUCUAACACAUUUGUGGGUGCAGGACAAUGUACUAUUCGAAAUAUUAACGUAUCGAUAGCUUUGUAUGGUGAAGGUAACGUGAUAUCAAUAGUAUUGUUGGCACGUGCAAGAGAGUGGUUUUUCUUCCUUUUGUUGGUUUGUUUUUUUCAUUUUGUUUAAAUUUUAAUUAUUUUUUUUUACAUCAUUUAAAAGUGUUGUUAUUUCAGUAAACAGAAAGCAGAUUUCGCAUCAACAAGCUUGUGCCAUUUAAGCGAUGAGGUUUGUUGAGGCAUUAAAAUGUCAAGUUAUUGAUAUGGUUGGGAAGUUUAAAAUUAAGUGCAAUUCAAAUGCUGUUUUACGUGGAAAAUUAAAGUUUUCUGUUUGCUGGAAGGGAUAGCAUUGUGAUACUAGCCGUGCAGACUAUAUUGUCAUAUUCUGUUACAGUAUUGACUCACAUGAGAAUUUGAUACCUUUAUAUAAAAUAAUGACUUCAUCUGUGUUGGUAUUUAUUUGAAAUGAUGUCAUGCAGUACUGUAUUACUUUAAUGUGCAUUAUGAUUAGUGGCAAAAUGAUCUCAGUUUAAUGUAAUGCAUGUAUUUCAGUCAUGGAACCUUUACACACAGCUGAAAACAAAUCUAAAACUCUGAAAAUGUAACUUUAAAAUAAAGAAGAAAAAAUGAACAAAAAAAACUUUAGGUAUUAAUGUAUUAUUUACAAACUAAUCCAAAAAAAAGUUUUGUUUUCUUUAGAAAGGCUGUCUGUCUGUGUAAAGGUAGUCAUACUGGCUAAAUCAAUAAAUGUGACUAAAAAGUC